AUGGACCGCGAAAUCGAAAAUAAUGCUGAUGAUCAGGAGUCCAAACUCGUUGAUACAUUCAGAGGACUAUGGAUGAAUGUUAACAACAUGAUCGGGAGUGGAAUAUUUUCUACACCUGGUCAUAUUUGGUAUUUAACUGGAAGCAGAGGAAUGACUUUGCUAUUAUACGUUGUAGGGGCACUUUUUUCUUUAGUGGGGAGUCUAAUAUACGUCGAGCUCGGCAGCAACAUACCCGAAUCUGACGCGGGAUUUCGACUUUGGUUGCACUAUCUUAAAUUGGAGCUAUUUCUUCGAUGGUUUGGGGUGGUUCUAAGAUUCUCCAUACUAAAAGAAUUUUUAAGUGUUCCUAGGGUUAUCUUAAGAAAAUUUCGAGUGGUUAACGUAGAAGACAGUCAUCAUGACGCUCCCAUUAGUGCAUUGAUUCUUCAAUGGCUAUACUGCACUAUAAUCAUUUUCUUCUUUCCACCAAGUCACCCUUAUGAAAUACUCUUAAACAUGACUCAAUCUUCGGUUUUCAUAUUUUAUGGUCUCGAUGCUUUGGGUUACUGGUAA